AUGACGAUGGGCGAAGAAUUUGGUCAGCACUUCACAUAUCUCUUUGCCCGUCUUGGUGCUGCCGGAGAAACCCCGGAAGCCGAGGGGCGUGAGACAGGGCGUGCCAUUUGGUGCACUGGGACAGGUGUUACACUGAGGCUCGCAGCCAACAGAGACCAACUGGUGAGGCAGGUGGCCGGGGAGGCAGUCAUUGAGGUAGGACAUCAGGGGCGAUUUAUCGGAGCACUCCGGCUCGGCGGCGAAGGCACUGAGCCCGUCCGUCACGCCGUCUAUCACAGCCGUGCUUGGCCUGGCGAAGCACUCCGGCCUGAGGCCGGCGAGUGCCUUGUCAAGCGCGUCAAGCAGACCACGGACCUCAUGGCCGUAGCGUUGCGCACCGGUUAUGUGGGUGAGCAGAGCGCUGAGCGCCGUGUGAACUGCACUAAGUCUGUCAGCGUAGUGAUCCUGGGACUUGGGGAGCAGGGGACUUUUUUCGCCCUCACGCUCCCUGUGCUCCCUCCGGAUCUCACUGCUGACGUACUCGUUGACCGGGGCGUAGAAGCUGUGGAAUGCGGAGGAUAUGACGGCAAUUUCUUUCUCUUCCCUCACGUUUUGGAGGCUGUCAAAAUGUCCGUACACGUAUUUCAUGAAGCCCUUGUAGCCCACGAAGAGAUCCCUGUUUAUCUCGCCGGGCAGCCCCUGCAGCGCGUCGGCCACCUUGGUGGCGAAGCUUUUAAGGGCUGCUCUCGCGGAGUCCACGUAGUCCGUGCGCGCUGCCUUGAUCAAAGCCUCCUCGGCUUCUUUAAUCUCAUCGUCGAUGUGUUUGUUGAUACGGCUUAUGAUCUGUGCUUCGGCUUGUGGCUGCAGCAGUCUGAAGAGAUUGUCGCACAUGUCUAUGGCCUCCUGGAGGUCGCCGAUGCGGAGGGUGUCAAUUUGUGUCUUGAUUUUUGCGAGGUCUUUGUCGAUGUUUGUAGUAUUGAAAGUGUCCAGCUUCCAACCGGCGUACGCCCCUGCAUUUUGAAUUUCUUGACACAACUUCACAAGAUGCUCAGUCACCUUCGGGACUGUGCCAGUGUUAAGGGUGUCAAUUUCCUUUUUAAUACCUUCAAGGCCUGUAUUUUCUCCGUUGCCGAUCUGCUUUAUCACUUCCUCCAGAUUGUUCAUCACGCCUUUUUCGGUUGCCCGACUCGCUCCAUUGUCUGUUUUAAGGAGUCUUUCUCGGAGGUUGUCAAGCUCCGCGGUGAUCUGUUGGACGCCAAGAAGUAUUUCACCAGGUUGUCUCUUCAGAAUAUUUUCUUGACCUUUUAG